CUUCUGUGAGGAAAAAAAAUGGGGGUCAAGCGAGCGGCUGCAUGCUUCUACUUGCUGGCUGGGCUUAAACCACAACAGAAGGAAAAUAAAGAAAACAGGUCAUGAAACUGCAAAGCUUGGAAUUGCCUCUGUAAGAUCAGUCCUUGUGUCUUUUUUUUCAUUACUUUUUUAAUUUAUUUUCAAAACACUGAUCAGUACUUCUUUAUUUUUAACUCAGCAGCUUGAAGAUGCGAUCUUCACCUGUUGUGUGAAAAGUCAGAACACGGAACUGAAAAGGUUGGGAUCUGGGCUCUAUGGCCUCCUCAGUACUUCAAAGCAGAUCUACAAAGUAACGAUCCUAACCACCAGCAUACCACACCGGCUAGGCUUGCAGAAAUACUGCCGAUCCUCGCCUCUCCUUGCUGAACCUGGGCCAUCAUAGAGGCAAGAAUGCAAACUAUUCAGGGCUAAAAGAAGAAAGAUAUAGUAUACUUCUGUGCUUUACUUCUUAUGGUAUUAUAUAAGCAGAGUUGAGCGACCUGUUUAUUUGUCUCCAUUCAAGUUCAAUUAAAGCCAAACCAAAAAAAAAUAUCCAAAAUCCUUUGGGAAGAUGAACUGUAAAAGCAAGGACUGCUACUCAAGUGGCUGAAAUCUGUGCUGAAGAUCUGUAUACCUAGUUGACCACACAAGUUAGAAAGGCGCUUUGGUUUCAUCAGAUGGAAAUUCUGGUGAACAUGCUUUUCUAUGAGACAAGCUUAAUGACUCUUUUAUGUGGUUUGGUUUUGGUUAGUUUAUUGUGUACUUUUAUGUGCAGUUUGGCUGUCAUUCCCGAAAACAGAUCUGUUUCUUAACAAAAACAAAUGAAUGACUUGCUCUUUCUAAAUGACUUCCAGCAAUAAACAUUAGGCUGUCACCCUCAAAUCAGUUUCUCUUACUCUGAAGUCUAAGGGUAUAGUUAGAGUACAGCUGCAUCAAAUACAACUGCCCUCUGCUAACAAAUGAGUCUCAUCUUCUCUCCAACCCCCUCCUUAGUGCCAACUCCAACCACAAAAUAAGCUCAUUCAAAAUAAACUAUUACUUUUCUUCCUAGUGCAGUUUUCUGCUGAAUUAACAAGUUAAAUUGUCUCACCGAUCAACAUCAGAGCUUGUGCAAGAGAGCAGGAAAAGGGAGUAGCAGGGUUACUGAGAGUCGGAUCUCUCCUUUUCUCUUCUUCUGUGGCAGUAAGUUGCUAGAUCACCUAAGACAUACCACACAACUGCACAGGAGGCCUACUGUAACUGGAAUUCCCCUGAUACUAUUUGUCAUUAUGCACGUACAACCCUUCUCUCUGCUGUUCUGCAGUCAGGUAACAGCUGUAUCCAACUGAGUAGUGAUUCCUGGACCACUGGAGACUCUGGGGUAUGCUGGUGAGAGAACACUUGAUCCAUAUGCAUGCUGAAGCUGCUCAAGGAAAAGACCAGAUCACUGGAUUAGAAAGAGAACAGUUGUGGACAUCAUUCUGGAAAGCUGGCUGUUAAAGCCUAUCUGUAGGCCAGAGAAGAAACACAGAGUAUCCAAAUUUGAUCCCACUUCAACAGCGAUCACCACACAUGAAACCCGUCCAUUAGAGACACGCCCUGCAACAGGCACCAAGCCCCUGAGAUUCAAGCCCAGUAAAAAACUAAGUAGCCAGCAGAAACACAGCACUUCACGGUGCUUUCUUGGUGCCAGAACGACAAGCGGGAGAGCCUCCCCUUGCUUACGAACGGCGUGCUUCCCUUUGCACGCACAGCCCGCCCGCCCCAGGCCUCCCCUGUCCUCCCAAGGGUCAGCGUGGCCCCGCUCAGUCCCCGCCCUGCCAACCAUUCAGCCCCUCUCGCAGAAGCUCUGCCGGCGCUCGCUUUUCUCAUCUCAGUUACCCCUCAAAAAUUCACCCUUCUAUUUCUGUGGGAGCAGGGCUACGCCUCUCCACGGGGGACGAGCCCCGGAACGGAGGGAGGAGACGCAGGUCCUCGCGAACAAACCGCCGCUGGGCCCCGGCUGCUCUAGCCGUUAGCGUCCACGACCUAGUAGAGGCUCCCGCCAGCCGGGACCGUGUUGGCAGGGCCCGCCGGCACCACUGUCUCCCCUCUCUCCCUCACCAGCGGCGACCGGGGCCCAGCAAGGGCCCGCCAGCCACCACCAACGGGGCGGGAGAGCCGCUCGUGCGCAGGCGCGGCGGACGCCGAGCCCCCCCCUCUCACCCGAGAGUUUCCGAACCCUUUCCAAACUUUACGAAGCUUUCCGAACCCUUCCGAGGCCCCCAUCGGCCGCGCAUGCGCGCAAUGGCGAGCCCGCCGGAGCCGGGGAAGCCGUGCCAACGUCCUUUUUCCUCCCGCCGGCCCCGGCGGGGCCUGGUCCCGCCCCUCCGGGGGCGGCCAGCGCGCAUGCGCGGUUGCCAGGGCGGCCGUCUUCCCGUGCAGGUUUAAAAUCUGCGGCGCAUGCGCAGUGCCGGUUCUGGCCCGGGCGAGGGGGACGCCACAUUGGAACGGCGAGGGGGAGCGCUCCGGGCAGCCGCCGGGCCGGGUACAGUUUGCGCCGCCUCCGCUCCUCCCGGACCGCGUUCUCCUCGCCCGGCCCGGCUCUGCCCUUCCUCCCUCCCCGCGACACAUGCCGCUGCAGCCGGCCCGUGUCUAGCGCCGCUGCCGGGCCCGGCGCGCUGAGGCGAGGGGUUGCGCGGUGAGCGGGGGGCGGCGGCGUCGGCGUCGCUCUGGCUGGGCCGUGAGGGUCGGAGGCCGGGCGGGCGGGCGUGGAUGGAUCCCCGCGUGGCCUGGAUCCAGCCCGAGCAGAAAGGCCCCGCGAAUGCGCUGUGGAUGCAGAUCUGGGAGACCUCGCAGGGCGUGGGGGGCCGGGGCGGCGCCAGCUUUCCGCACUACCUCUGCCUUAACUCCCCGGCGCUGGACUCCGCCGCCGCCUCCUCCCCGCCCCGCGGACACAGCUGCGUGCGGCUCGGGGCGCCCGGCGGCGGCGCCUGCUGCUCCUCUUCCUCGCCGCCUUCGCCUUCACCUUCCCCUCCGGCCCUGCUGACCGGACUGGUUCCCGCUGCCACCGCCGGCCCCGCGGCGGUCAACGGCGGCGGCGAGGGAGGGCGGCGGCUGCAGAAGUCGCCUUCUGUGUCUUCCUCCUCCUCCUCCUGCUCGUCGGUGGAGUCCGGCACCGAGAGCCCCGGCUUCUCCUCCUCGGGAUCGUGCAGCGGCGGCGGAGGCGGCGGCUCCUCCUCUUCCUCCUGCGGCCCCCGGGCGGCGGCGGUGGUGGCUCCUCCCGGGCUGCUGGGCAGCGGGGCCGGACCCGGGGAGUUUUUUAACUUCCACGAGAACAAAGUGAACGGUGUGAACGGGCACCACCAGCCCCCGCACCUGGCGCGCAGCCCCCACCCGCCGCCGCCGGCCUCUCCCCAGCAGCACCAGUACCACCCGGGCCGGAGGAAACGAGAGAAUAAAGCCAGCACCUAUGGGAUGAAUUACCUGCUCUCCGGCAGCCGUGGCGUCGCCAUCAACAACUCCCCCCACCAGCAGCGGCAGCCGCCUCAGCCAGCACUGCAGAGCCCCGGCACACCCUGGAAGACCAGAAAAUACAGCCCGGGCGUGCAGGGACUACAUGAAGAAAUAAUUGACUUCUAUGACUUCAUGUCCCCUCGUCCUGAAGAAGCAGCUAUGAGAAGAGAAGUGGUGAAAAGAAUAGAAACGGUCAUCAAAGAUCUUUGGCCUACAGCUGAUGUCCAGAUAUUUGGCAGCUUUAGUACAGGGCUUUAUCUUCCAACUAGUGAUAUUGAUCUAGUUGUUUUUGGGAAAUGGGAACGGCCCCCUUUACAGCUGCUGGAGCAAGCACUAAGAAAACACAAUGUGGCUGAGCCAUAUUCCAUUAAAGUACUUGAUAAAGCUACGGUACCAAUAAUAAAACUUACUGACCAGGAGACAGAAGUGAAAGUUGACAUCAGUUUUAACGUAGAAACUGGUGUGAAGGCAGCUCGAUUUAUCAAGGAAUACAUGAAGAAAUAUUCUUUGCUGCCUUACUUGAUUUUAGUAUUAAAACAGUUCCUCCUUCAGAGGGACUUGAAUGAAGUUUUUACUGGUGGAAUUAGCUCUUACAGCCUAAUUUUAAUGGCAAUUAGUUUCCUGCAGCUGCAUCCAAGAAUUGAUGCCAGAAGAGCUGAUGAAAACCUUGGAAUGCUUCUGAUAGAAUUUUUUGAACUUUACGGAAGGAAUUUUAACUACUUGAAAACUGGUAUUAGAAUAAAAAAUGGAGGUGCCUAUAUUGCCAAAGAAGAAAUAAUGAAAGUCAUGACUAAUGGAUACAGACCAUCCAUGCUAUGUAUUGAAGAUCCUCUCCUGCCUGGAAACGACGUUGGCAGAAGUUCUUACGGUGCCAUGCAAGUGAAACAAGUUUUUGAUUAUGCCUACAUUGUUCUUAGCCAUGCAGUAUCACCACUUGCAAGAUCAUAUCCAAAUAGAGAUUCUGAGAGUACAUUAGGUAGAAUCAUCAAAGUGACCCAAGAAGUGAUUGACUACAGGGCCUGGAUUAAAAAGAAGUGGGGGAGCAAAAUUAACUUAUCACCUGAACUUGAUAAUAGGUUGAAAAUAAGAGACCAGAUAGCUCCGUGUAAUGGAGAACAGCAGCAGAACAGAGACUCUGAACCAUCUUACAACCAACGCUUGACUUUGUCAUUGACUAGUACACAACAGUUAUCCUCUGGCUCUUCUGCCUCUUCUGUAUCAUCACUCUCCGGCAGUGACAUUCAGCACAGUGGAAUGAAGUUUUCCAUGAAAGGAACUCAUAACCAAGGCAACAGCUACAGCCCUGUCGGCAGCGGAGGCAUGCGGCAACCAGUUGGUAACCGAGGACACCACCAGUACAAUCGUAAUAUGUGGAGAAGAAAAAAACACAGAGACAGUUUGCCUAUUAGUCUGAGCAGAUAAUGGCAGAUGCCAAAAUGACCUUCCCUGUUCAGACAAACUGAGCGAGUGCCACUCGACUUGGGGGAUGGAGACCAGCGUCCAGCACAUCGUUUUAUUGGUGUUGCCAAAUAUCUGCAGCUGACUUCUUUGCAUGUUUCUUUGUGUGGUGGUUCAGUCCAUCUUCAAGAAGUAGUUGUGCUUAUCUGUGAAGCCUUAUUAAAUGUGGAAGUUUGUUUUCUGCCUUCCCACAAUGGUUCAUACAGUGCCGAAGCAGCUCUGGCAAUAGAACUGCAAGGACAGUUACAAAUGCUGUGGCUUUUUUGCUGUGGCUACAUCGGUUCCUUUGUGGGUUCUGUUUUCUUUUAUUUUAGAAGUGAAGGAAACUUCAGCCCCUUGGAAUUUUUUUUUUCUUUGCAGCAAAUCAAGUUGGGAAUUCAUAAAAGUAAAUUUGCUGCUCUCCUGUUUUUGUUUCAAAGUUCAGAAUUUUUUUUCUCUGUAAAUAUUGGAAGUAUAAUUUGUGCAAUAACUUGGAAUUUUUAAUUUAAUUUCAUAUUGUCACAUAAGUUAUAUUUAAGGGGAAGAGGUUUUUUUAAUUUACAGAUCCUUUCCCAGGUUGCAUUAUCUAAGUUGGGUUCAUAGUUUUGGCAGGUUGUCUGAGCAGUGUUACAAACAUGACAUUUGGUAAUAUUUGAGGCUUCUUGAUUCACAAUGAAAGUGCGAUUUGGCUUACGGUUUUAAGAAGGUAUUAAGCUCCAAAGCAUUUUGACCCUGUGUUUUUUAGCUCAUUGUCUGGCCUCUAUCAGUCGUCUUGCUCUGACCAAUGAGUUUUAAUUUUAUUCCUUUAACUAGACAACAAAUCCAGCAUUUGUAGUACCAGAAGUAAAACUUUUGAAAGGGAGGGGAAAAAGGUUGGUUCAAGUCCUGAUGUGAAAUUAAAAAGCUGUGAGCUACACGCUUUGAUGCAUUUUAGUAAUGUAACCUGUUAAUGUUUGGGUUCAAACAAUGUUAUUAAACAGAGGUACCCGGCUUAAGGAAUGUGGAGAAAGGAAAUAUGUUGAUUCCAUUAAGGAAUCUGUAUAGCAGUAUGCAUUAGUUCUGUUAAGAGCAAAUAUAUAAAAAGUACUUCAGCUGCUCUAAGCAUUACGAGAAGUAUCUUUUAAUGUAUUGCAGGAGAGCACAGCCCAGUGUUGUACACAGUAUGAGUGGCUGGCACUUAAUUUACAGAUGCAUACAGGUAUACUAUGCAAGUGUGUAUUGCCAUGACAAACACUGUCUUUAACUUUUUGAAAAAUGUACAUCCUGCCUAACCCUGAGUUUUUAAAGCACCACAGUUGUCCUGGGAGUAGGUCGCAUCUCAUGCCCUCUGACUUCCCGUUUUGUUGUUUUUUUUUUUUUCUUUUUAGUGAGAGUUCUAAAGCUAUACAGAAAACUACAGAUCAGUUAUAUAAGUCACUAGCGGAGGAAGCUGAAGAAUCCUGUGAACAGGACGUCUAUACUGUGUACAGAUAUAGAAGGUUUUAAAACUGAUAUCUGAUUAUUAAAAUGAGGUGUCAAGCAUGAAGCUUUUUAAUAUGCUGUAUGCCUUUGGAGCAGAAGUAGUUCAUGUUAUUACUGAAUCUGUCAAACACAAACAGGUCCUUGAGGGGAGAGAGGGCAACAUUCCAAAGUAGAGUAGUGCAUAUCUGUUUGCAAAAAGUUUGUCUUAAUGCUCCAGACUCAUCACAAUUAAAAAAAAAAAAAAAAGUUUUAAAAAUUGUGAGCUGAUUCAUAAAUAAUAUCUAAGGGCUGUUACAUGAGCCUGUACUGCUUAGUCUUCACACACUAGCAAUAUUGAGCAUAACUACAUUAAAGAGCCUUCAAAGGCUUUAGUUGGUGUCUUAUACUAGCGUCCAUUUUAAAGCAAAACUCAUUUGAAAAGUGGUAUCAUGUAACACUUCAGUCAUGGUGAACCAAAUAAAUUGGCCUGGCUAUCACUGUGGUUAUGUGCUACAGGUUUAAAAAAAUCAUGUUUAAAUUUUUUGUGUGGACAACUAUGUGGAAGCUAAAAUUGACAUAUUUUUAUGUAAAGUUUUCUAUUCUUUGAUUUUUAAUAAACUUUGGAGACCAGUCA